AUGACUGACUUUGAAAUUGCAUUACAGAAUGCUUUUAAAAUUGUAUAUCCAGAUGCAAUUCAACAUGCAUGUUUUUUUUACUAUGUCCAGUGUUUGGUUAAAAAUAUUAGGAGUCAAGGAUUAAUACCCUAUGUUAAAAACAACGAAAUGGCUCAAAUAUGCAUUAAAAUGACAGCUGCUUUAGCUUUAUUACCAUCUAACAAAAUAGAAGAAGGUUUCCAAAUAAUUCGACGAUACAGCAGGGACAGCAAUAUAAAUCUGACUUCCUUUUUUACUUAUUUCUCUAAUUAUUGGAUACAGACAAGAGGACCAGAAGUGUUUUCGGUUCACGGUGUUCCUCGAAGAACCAAUAAUAAUAUUGAGUCAUUCCAUAGCCAGCUUAAAGAAAAAUUCCAAACUGUUCAUCCUAAUCUAUGGACAUUUUUAGAACAUCUAAACAAUUUAAGUAAAAAAAACCAUAUUAUUAUUCAACAACUGGAAAGAGGUCAGAGAGUUACACGUCCCAUAAAAAUGAAGUAUCUGGCAAACUCUGAGCGAAUUAUGACUUCUACAAGACAGCUAACUCUUGGUAUUAUUACUGUUAAGGAGUUUCUUUUGCAAUGCUCACAUAGCACAGAAACUUAUCUGAGACAAGAAAUUAAUUGGCACAAUAAUAUCGAACAAGAUGAAAACAUGCAAGCUAGUGACCAAGAAGAUGAAAACAUGCAGGCCAAUGAUCUUCAAGAUGAUGAAAACAUGCAGGCCAAUGUUCAUCAAGAUGAUGAAAACCAACAGGACAAUGAUAAUAAUGAAUCAAGGAACGAGGAAGAUUUCAUUAUACCUGAAGAGUUAGAUCCAGACAUUAUUUAUAUGAUGGAAAUUGAAGAAAAUAGGAGAAUUUUGGAAAUGCAAAAUUUACCUUACGUCCAAGUCCAAGUACCUGAAGUUCUUCCUGCCGUUGAAACAAAAAACCAAGCAAAUAUGUGUGUUGCUUGUCUUGAUGCGGAAAGUACUCACGCCUUGUCUCCAUGUGGACAUAAAUCUUUAUGUUUAAUGUGUUUAGAAUCAUUAGUUUCAGAACGCUGUCCAAUAUGUAACAGUAUAUUCAUUUCAAAUUUACGCAUUUGGUAG